ACGUACAACGUAUGUACUUCGAUUCCGUGACACACGUGAUAGCGGUAGCACGAGCUGUCAAAAGUUUUUGAUUUUGGCGGUAUACUGAAUGAAAAAAUCAGUCUUCGAUUCAUCACACGCACCCCAUUGAACACAAGUCCUACAAUAACUUUAUCUAAGCAGAUUAAAACUAACAACCUAACAUGGAGAGUAUGAAUGUAUUAUCUAAAGAGGUGUACAAUAUGUAUUUACAAACAGCCGCUAAUAUCAUCAGCUAUGUUGAUGACGAGCAACAGAAAAAGGUAUUAAAUAACCUAACCGACAUGGUUAAAAGAAGUUGUAUGUUGGAUACAAAACUGCAACGAUCAUGUGAAAUAUUAGAUAGUUACUCCGCUCAACAAAAUGACCCUGGUGAGGAGGCAGAAAUACUUGAUUGUGAAGAAACUUUGCAAAAAUUCAAAAACGAAAUAGCUGGCAUUAACACAAGUGUUUCAAAGCAUAAAAGAUUUCUGGACUUCAAACAUCAACUUGGUGUCUUCCUGGACGCAGCCCAACCGAAAAGCAAUGCUUCUAUCGAAGAUGACGAUCUGGUUGUGACUCAAAAAGAAAUUAAUGUCAUUGAUCCUAUAACAAAAAAACGGAUGGUCGAUCCAGUCACAAAUACUAUUUGUGGUCAUGUUUAUGAAAGGACAAGUAUUCAAGCGUUAUUGAAGAACAACAGUCGUACCAAGUGUCCAGUUGCUGGGUGUGCAAAUAAACACUGGAUAUCACCAGAUCAUCUUCAAACUGACAUCCUUACCAAAAAUUAUCUAGAAAAAAAUUUCGAGUAACGAGGUUGUCUCAUUUGUUUGAAAAGUUUAAGCUCAAGUGCCAUUCAGAUUCGGUCUGAUUUACUUUUUAUGAUACUAUUUGAAAUAUGUUGAAUCACAAGUAAAAUAGUUUUACAUCCAUAGGUGAAUCAUGUUACAGCUAAGAUCUUAUGAACACAAGACCGGACCAUAAUCCUCCGCAACCAUCCUCGUAAAAUCUGAGUCGAAGUUGUAUCAAUAAAUUUUUCACUUUCCGCUUUACGUUCAAUAAACCUAAAUGAUAAUUCUGAAAUGUAUAUUGUUUAGUUACAAAUAAAUGAAAAUUCAGUUUCUACAUU